AUGGUCAACUAUAGGGAAAUAUCCAUUCAUGGAGAUGAUACAAAAACAAUACUAUACGUUAUUAUGAAUAUGAAUGAAGAAAUAUGGAUACUAAGGAUGAUUGAAGAAGCUAUUUUGCAACAAAAUUCAGGUUCAUUAUCAUUAGAUGAUGAUACUAAAUUUCCUUAUUCUAAAUAUAUGAAAACCAUUACUAUAAUCACAGAUUUAUGA